GGCUUCCAAGUUGACCAACCAUCAGUUGUGGGUUCUACUACAAUAUGAAGACUUUUGUUCUUUUGGCAUUCGUGGCUCUGGCCGCUUCCGCUUAUGCUCUGGAGGAAUCCGAGCGCGUCAAUGGGGAGAACGGCUGGUACGUUCCCCAGCAGGACGGUUCCUUCGAGUGGGUAGACAUGGAUGUUGCCGAGGAGUGGAUGGACGCCCAAGAGCGCAUGGAGGAUCGCGGCCUGACCACCGUGCCCGUUAACUUCUACCUGUACACCAAAUCCAACCCCACCAAGGGCAAGAGCAUCAAGGCCACCGCCAAGUCGAUCGACGCCUCCAACUUCAAUGCCGAUCAUCCCACUCGCUUCGUGAUCCAUGGCUGGACCCAGAGCUACGUGAACAGCAUGAACAAGGACAUCCGCGACGCCUGGCUGUCUAAGGGUGACUACAACAUUAUUGUCGUUGACUGGGCCCGUGCACGUUCCGUCGACUACGCCACCUCCGUGAUGGCCGUCGCCAAGACCGGCAAGAAGGUGGCUGCCAUGGCGAACUUCCUGAAGGAUUACCGCGGCAUGUCCUUCGACAACUUGUACUUCAUUGGCCACAGCCUGGGCGCCCAUGUGGCCGGAUAUGCUGGCAAGAACGCUGACGGCCAGGUGCACACCAUUGUGGGUCUGGACCCCGCCCUGCCCCUCUUCAGCUACAACAAGCCCAACAAGCGCCUCAACUCCGAUGACGCUUGGUACGUGGAGUCGAUCCAGACCAACGGCGGAACCCUUGGAUUCCUGAAGCCCAUCGGCAAGGGUGCCUUCUACCCCAACGGCGGCAAGUCCCAACCCGGCUGCAUCGCUGAUGUGACUGGAGCCUGCUCCCACGGCCGCUCCACCACCUACUAUGCCGAGGCCGUCGCCCAGGACAACUUUGGAACAAUCAAGUGCAACGACUACGAGAACGCCGUGGCCAAGGAAUGCGGUAGCACCUACAGCUCCGUCCGCAUGGGAGCUGACACCAAUGCCUACAUGGUCGCCGGUGACUUCUAUGUGCCCGUGAACAGCAAGGCCCCCUUCGGCAUGAUUAACUGCCGGAACAACUGGCCCUCAACAUCACAAUUGGAUCGGACCACCAAUAUGAAAGUCUUUAUUGUUUUAGCCGCUCUGCUGGCCGCUGUGAGCGCCGUGCCCAUCGAGGAGCGUGUCAAUGGCGAGAACGGCUGGUACGUUCCCCAGGCCGAUGGCAGCUUCGAGUGGAUGACCACCAAGGACGCCGAGGAAAUGCUGAACAAUGCCGCCCAGAUCGAGGGACGCAUCAGCACCAACGCCGUCAACUUCUACCUCUACACCAAGUCCAACCCCACCGAUGGCAAGAAGAUCGAGUCAAAGGCCAGCUCCAUUGAGGGAUCGCACUUCAACAAGGACCAUGGCACCCGCUUCGUUAUCCACGGCUGGACCCAGAAGUACACCGACGACAUGAACACCCGCAUUACCAAGGCCUGGCUCUCCAAGGGCGACUACAACGUCAUUGUGGUCGACUGGUCCCGUGCUCGUUCCGUAGACUACGCAUCCUCCGUCCUGGCUGUUCCCGGAGCCGGAGCUAAGGUUGGUGAGAUGAUCAAGUACCUGCACGAACACCAUGGCCUCUCCCUGGACAGCCUGGAGGUGAUUGGCCACAGCCUGGGUGCCCAUGUUGCCGGCUACGCUGGAAAGACCGUCGGAGACCGUCGCAUCCACACCAUCGUGGGUUUGGACCCUGCCCUGCCCCUCUUCAGCUACGACAAGCCCGCCAAGCGCCUCUCCACCGAUGACGCCCACUACGUCGAGUCUAUCCAGACCAACGGCGGCAAGCUGGGAUUCCUGAAGCCCAUCGGCAAGGGUGCCUUCUACCCCAACGGCGGCAAGAAGCAGCCCGGCUGCGGCCUGGAUGCCACCGGAUCCUGCUCCCACGGUCGCUCCGUUCUCUACUACGCCGAGGCCAUCACCGAGGACAACUUCGGAACCAUCAAGUGCUCCGACUACGAGGACGCUGUGUCCAAGAAGUGCGGCAGCACCUACAGCUCCGUCCGCAUGGGAGCCAUCACCAAUGCCUACAUGGUCGAUGUGUUUGCUGUGCCUGUCGAAGAGCGUGUUAAUGGCGAAAAUGGAUGGUUUGUUCCGAAGGACGAUGGUAGUUUGGAAUGGAUGGAUACGAAACGGGCUGAGGAGCUCAUGCUGAGAAGCAGUUCGGUCGAAGGUCGUUCUAACGAUGUGACCUUUUAUUUGUACACCAAGGAUAACCCUACUGAGGGCAAGGAAAUCAGAGCCGAAAAAGCCUCCGUCGAUGACUCGCACUUUAAUAAGAACCAUGGCACCCGAUUUGUGAUACACGGAUGGAAGGGUCGCUACACGGACAGCAUGAACAAGAAGAUCACCAAGGCCUGGCUUUCCCGAGGCGACUAUAACGUGAUUGUGGUUAACUGGGCUCGCGCCAUAUCGGUGGAGUACGCCACCUCGGUGAUGGCUGUUCCCGGAGCCGGAGCCAAGGUUGGCGAGAUGAUCAAGUAUCUGCACGAGCACCACGACAUGUCCCUGGACACUCUGGAGGUGAUUGGUCACAGCCUGGGCUCCCAUGUGGCUGGCUAUGCUGGCAAGACGGUUGGCGACAAAAGGGUUCACACCAUUAUCGGCCUGGAUCCGGCAAUGCCACUGUUCAGCUACGACCAGCCCAACAAGCGACUCUCCACCGAGGACGCCUUCUACGUGGAGUCCAUCCAGACGAACGGAGGCCGGCUGGGAUUCCUGAAGCCCAUCGGCAAGGGUGCGUUCUACCCGAACGGCGGCAAAACACAGCCCGGCUGCUCCUCCACCGACAAUUCCUGCUCCCACCAGCGGUCCGUGACCUAUUACGUGGAAGCUGUCACCCAGGACAACUUCGGGACCAUCAAGUGCAAGGACUACGAGGCGGCGGUGGCCAAGGAGUGUGGAAGUACCUACAGCAGUGUGCGCAUGGGGGCCGACACUAAUGCCUACAUGGUCGAGGGGGACUUCUAUGUGCCGGUGAAUGAUAAAGCUCCAUUCGGCAAGAUUGAAUAGAAAACGAAGAAAGAAUAAUAAAUAAUAUAAAUGCAGAGAUACUAUGU